AUGCCCAAGGAACGGAAGACAUGCACCGAGUGCUCAAUGCGCCGGCAGAAAUGUGACCGAAACGUCCCCUGCGGUCGCUGCGUCAAGAGAGGUGACGCUGCAAAAUGCACUCGGGAGUGGCCUGAGGGCGGAUACGAUCCCAAGAUCCACCGGAUCUAUCCUCGAACAUCAAUCCGAACAGAUACCAGCCCUCCUGCUCCCGACACGUCUCCUGCUAAUCCUGCUGAAUCUUCGGUACAUCCUGCCCGGAGGACUCCGGCCUCUGCGACCUCUGCAACGAGUCCUCAAGCUCAGUCAUCGAUCCAUCCUGGCAAUCCUGGCACAGGUCCGGACAAUGCUCCAGUCUCGGAUGUCGACAACGCAGCCACAGUGCUGGAGUUUCUCACCUGGGGUCGAUCAAAAUUGUCGGAUUAUGACCUCAAGGCCUUGGAACUCCUCAAAGAACCCCACAAUGCCGGGGUAUCCGCCGUCCCCAAAGACAAUGGCCCCGACUGGGAUGUUUCUAAUGGAUUCGGAGGCACUGGUGCCGCCCAAGUUUCAUUCCUGCAAUUGUUGCUGCCAGGCCGUCGACAAGUGUUUCAACUGGUCGAAUACCACAUCAGCUCCAUUCUGUGGUACCAUGGAUGCUUUCAUGGUCCUACUUUCUAUGAGGAGCUCAAGGAGGUCUACAAAGGCCCGUCCGGAUUGCAAGUCAGAGACAUGGAUCUCAGGUGGACUGCCUUACUAUUUUCCGUUAUGGCAGCAAGCAUGACUUGCGCCAAUGAGCAAUUGGCUUUGUCUUGGGGCUUUAAAAAGAACGAAAGAGCCAAACUCACCAGACAGUGGUACAAAGCCACCGUUACUUGUCUCAAUCUCGCAGAUUAUAUGUGGCGACAUCAUAUCUAUUCGGUUGAAGCAAUCACCGUGUUGACUAUGUCCGCUCACAUUCUAGGAUUCAGCAACACCCAAAGCACACUAUUGGGAGCCGCACUUAAGAUUGCCCAAGGACUCGGUCUUCAAAGACUUGGGCCUGAAGACGAGAUGGGUAAUGUGACCGGAGCAUGCAUUGUCAUGACCUCUGCUCAACGGGAUAAGGUAACCAAGCGGGAAACGGGAAGGAGACUGUGGUCUCAACUUUGCAUUCAAGAUUGGUUUUCGAUCCCGUUCUCCGAGAUGUACUCCAUUCAGAAGAUCCAUUUCACCUCCCUCAAACCCAUAAACUGCGAUGACAACACGAUGCUACCGUUGCCCGAUGACACCCCCAGCAUGACGAGUUUUCCCAAUUUUCUCUGCGAGAUUGCUUCACUAAUGCCUCAGAUGCAUGAUGCCAUUAUUGGAUCGAACACGUUGUACACCAAGUACGAGCAAGUUCUGGAUUAUGAUGCGAAGAUGAGAACAUUGGCAACGGAAGGAUGUCCUCGCUUUUUCUCCAUGCGGGAGCCAAUGUCUCCCGAGUGGCCUGCAUUUAUUCCCUGGGCCAAGCGAAGCCUAACCAUUUGUUUUGCUCACAAGAUCAUCAUGAUUCAUCGGGCUUUUCUUGGUCGCAGUUUCACCGAGCCAGCAUUCGAUUUCACGCGUCGUACUUGCAUGGCGGCGGCCAAAACGAUAUUGAAGGAAGCCAGACAGGCGUACGAUGAAGAGGGACCAAUGCUGUGGAUUGAUCAAGCAUUCAUGGUGGCGGCUGGAAUCACGCUUGCCUUGGAUAUUUUCCAUCGCCAACCCAACGAACCCGAGUAUGAAGAACAUAGGAAGCUGGUGGAUAAUACGAUCAGUAUGCUGGGGAAGUUUGAAAACAGCAUGAUUGCUUUACGUGGUAUCCGACUACUAUCGUCGUUGCUUGCUGAACAGGCUCGGCUCACGGCGGAUCAGACGCUGGAGAACUAUCGAAAGCGAACACAUGAGAGCAUGGGAAGCCGUGGACAACCAAAGAGACAGAAAUUCAAUGUGCCCAAGUUCGUGGAGUCCUUUGUCGGAAAUGACUCCUUCACCCAUUCCUUGAGAACUGCCAACCGAGGCGUGGAGCCGUCAUUGGAUCUGUAUGAACCGACCGAGGCUGCACGAACCCCAGCAUCGCAAGAACCCAUGAUUACGUCGGACCUAGGUUACGAGACCUUCGAACAACUGUUUCCUCCGCAUACUGGUAUCAGCAACAAUUUUCUGUUUGAAGACUUGCUUAAUUUCGACAUAUGA